AGGAAAACUGGGCUUGCUUUUGUUGUUGACAAUCUGCUGGGAGGUCGAUGCUAUAGUUAGUAUUUUAAUCCUUCAUUUUAAUUACUGAUAAAUAUAUGAAGAGCCUGCAGUAAAUCAUCCCAUGUUACUGUAGCCUCCUGGUUUUUAUUUACAAAGCCUGUAGAAAGCCUUAUUUAUAAUUCACCGAGUCAGAGAUGGAAGAAUCCGGCACAAUGACAGCCAGGCCCGGGGAGCACAUUCCAUACUUUUAACUUGGGAGACUGAGAGGUUUCCUCUCAUUAAUUCAGCUAUAGAGUUCACUGAAACAAAUGCUGGAAAAUGGGCAAAGGAAAGAAAAAAGCAGGACCUACAGGGAAAAAGAUUACCCUUAAAUUAGCCAAAAACUCAUUAAGAAUGACAGCUGAUGGCAAGCGUAGACUCGACCUUAGCAACAUGGGCAUUGCAGCCUUCCCCAAAUGUAUUCUAAAACUGGCAGACGUAGAUGAGCUUGAUCUCAGCAGAAACAUGUUACAGAAGAUUCCGGACUACAUUGAAGAUUUUAAGAAUCUACGUUGGCUGGAUUUCCACAGCAACCAGAUAGAAACACUUCCUGAGACCAUUGGGCAACUUGAAAACCUCUGUUACCUUAACCUCUGCAACAACAAACUCACAGCAGCUUCUCUUCCACUGCAGUUAGGCAAGCUGAAGAAAUUGCGCCAUCUCAACCUUGGAAUGAAUGGUUUUGAAUGCCUCCCAUCAACUCUUGCUGCUCUGAAGGAGCUGCAGGAACUGGGCCUGUUUGACAACCACCUGACUGGCCUGCCUGAAAACAUUGCUAAUCUUCCCAAGCUCAUGAAGGUAAAUGUGAAACGGAACCCGUUCCUUCAGACUAGAGGUGAAGAGGACAGAGACACCAUCCAGCGUUUAGAGUGUCUGUAUCUAGUCAAUGAAGAUAGCCUGUGCAAGCCCUGCCUCAAGAAGUGCAAAGAAGAAAGAGAUAAGUUAAACAAACUGAAGCACUUUGCCCCUUCUGCAAGGAAGCUGACUUUCCAAGGUCUCCUUACCCCGAAUUCCACAGCACAGGAAACCCAAGAAGAGUGGAGGUGAAAAAAUCCAACCCAGCUCCUCUCAAUACUAGACUAACAAUAUGCAUUCAUUAAACACAGACAUAUUGAGGCAUAUUUCCCCACUGUUGGCAAUUUGCUAUUCCCUUGGUAAAUGACAAAGGCUAUUCCCCCAAGUGGAAAUCCAGGUUCACUAUUAUCCGGUAUUACACCACAUAUUAUACAAAUAGAAAUAUGACAGUGCUCAGACCUCACUGGGUCUUUUGACAGCAGCACAUAAAUUGCCUUUAAUUUUAGAACUGGAAAUCACAGGCCAUGUAAACAAAUAUGAGAAGAUGAGACUUGGAUAUGGGAAUGCGUGUGUGAAGAUGAGACUUGGAUAUGGGAAUGCGUGUGUGAAGAUGAGACUUGGAUAUGGGAAUGCGUGUGUGAAGAUGAGACUUGGAUAUGGGAAUGCGUGUGUGAAGAUGAGACUUGAAUAUGGGAAUGCGUGUGUGAAGAUGAGACUUGGAUAUGGGAAUGCGUGUGUGAAGAUGAGACUUGGAUAUGGGAAUGUGUGUGUGAAGAUGAGACUUGGAUAUGGGAAUGCGUGUGUGAAGAUGAGACUUGGAUAUGGGAAUGCGUGUGUGAAGAUGAGACUUGGAUAUGGGAAUGCGUGUGUGAAGAUGAGACUUGGAUAUGGGAAUGCGUGUGUGAAGAUGAGACUUGGAUAUGGGAAUGCGUGUGUGAAGAUGAGACUUGGAUAUGGGAAUGCGUGUGUGAAGAUGGGGCAAAGAAUUCUAAAAAUCAUGUGAUUUAAAGAAAUAAAACUGAACAUUUAAAAAUGAUAAUUAUUGCAACAUACUUGUUUUAAAAAGAUUAUAUAAGUUUCUGUUUUUCUUUUUUUGUACAAAAUACCCUGUUUUGAGGCAAGGUAAAGACAAAGGAGGUUUUAUUAAAAGGAAUAUAAAUUCUAACAGUAUAUAACUAGUACAAAUAUAUUCAGACAAUUUGCCCUUCUUGUUGCUUCAAAAGAUGGCCCUAAGUUUAUUGUUGCUGUGCCAAUUUGUUUUUAAUAUAAUUUAUAAAGAAAAAAGGAUAAUUAAAAGCUGAUUAAUUGAAAAUUCA